UUCCGUUCAUCGAUUAGUCGAGUCUAGCCUUCACACCGGAAGUGAAGCAGCUAGCAUGCAAGAUGGUGGCCACCAGGAGAGGAGUACGCGUGUACUCUCCAACUAAAACAGCCUCAGAUCAGCCCAGUGAUGUCCAGGCCACUCCUUCCACUGGUCGAAGAACCAGGAGCACUGUUAAACAAGCAGAGAGCCCGACCCAGAAUGUCCUGGCGGACACCAGCAGCCAGCUGGAAAAAAGCGAGGCAGGACCCCCGACAUCUCCUCCUCCCUCCUCGCUGAAAAGAUGCACCAGAGCCUCCAGACUCCACAGUCCAGAGCAUCCAUGCACACCUGUGGGAUCCAUCCACGAAGCGGACCAGUCGGACAUGGAGUCGUGCUGCUCUGUGGUGUCGGACGUCGAACCACUAACGACACGCACCAGACGGACGAGGAGACAGCUCCGCACAUCGAGUCAGGAAGAUGAAGAUGUGAUAUCUGAAGUGGAAUCUUGCUCUUCUGCUGUAUCUGCAUCAAAAACUAGUCAAAGUAGCCGACGGAGCACAAGGAGGAAGAUUGUUCCUAAAAGCCCUGAACCAGCUCACGUUGAGGCGGGAGACAUCGUGGUGCUGGAGACCGAGUCCUGCAGCUCUGUGGUCUCCGAAUCCCAAAGAAUCACCAGGAGUCAGAGAAGAACUACUCACACCAGAUCAUCUGCCAAACCACAAACUGAGGACUCGGAGCUCUCGGAUGCUGAUAGCAUCUCAGCAGCUGAAGUUUCUAAGUCCACCACUCGCAGAACUACAAGACCCAGAAGACAAACAUGUCCCAUCCCCAUCCACCUAGACGAAGCCUCGGAAAGCUCUCAAUCUCCUGGCCCGAGAGCUCGAAGGAGCCGCGCAGCAAAAGAGAAGCCAGCAACCGCUCCAGAUGUCAGUGAGCCUCAGUCUUGUGAAUCAGAGGGGUUUGAGUCCGGGCCCACGUACAGUAUAAUGACUCGUAGACGGGGAAAGACCCCAUCCAAAGGUCCUAGAGCUCUUGACUCAGAUUCCGAGUUGACUGACGUGCCUUCUCCGAUGGGCAGCCCCUCUUCCACACACAGCAGAGGGACUCCCUGCAGCAGCCGCGCCGGCUCGGGGAGCAGCAGUCGAGGAACUCGGGCCACCAGGAGCUCAGUGAAAGACUGUAGUGUUAUUCUUGAAAAAGCUAGUGAGCCAGCUGAGGAGGACACUUCUUUAAAUGAUUCUAGGUUAGAUAGUACGGUGAUCGCUGCGGACGCAGACUGCACACUGUUGGAGGAAGAUGAGAACCAAACAGUGGAAGAGAAAGAAGGUGUGAAAAGUAUCGAUGUCACAUCAAAUGAGGCCGACUCGAUGAGUGUGGAAAAGGGAGUCAUUGUCAUUCCAGAAGAAGACUCUCCUCUGGUUUCAGACGGUCCUGGCUGUGCUGAGGAAGCUGUGAGUGAACCUGCAGUGACUGUCAGACACCAGCAGGAGGAGCCAUGUGCUGAACAUAAGGACGGGGACACCUCAGAGAUGGAAAUGAUACAGGAAACAAUCCCACCAUCCGAGCCGUUAGAGCCAGGACCAUCAGUUACAGUUACAGAAUGUGAGAGGGCUUCUGAAACCCCAGAGGAGACUGAAGAGAAGGAUGAAGCUAUGGAAGUAGCUGACGUGGACGCCCACUCACAACAGGGAGAUGAGGCUGCUGCUGUGGAAACUGGGCCCAGUGAGGAGCAGAAAAUGGAAGUCAGCACAUUGCAAAGAGACGUUCAGCAGGUGGUUGACUCCAGUGAGGUCCAAGUUGAGUCCAUUCAGGUGACAUCCAGCCAGCAGCAGCACAUCACAGUGGAUUCUGACCCCGAAGAGCAACCUAAAGACGUCAUUGUGCAGAAGACAAAAAUAAUCAGUCUGCUGGACAGCAGCGAGGAUGAAGAUGCUGAAGAGGAGGAGGAAGAGGAGGAGGAGGAGAAGGAGGAGGAGGUAGAGCAAGAUUCGGGGUACCAGGCAGAGGAGAGGGCGGGACCUUCCCAGAAGUGUGAAGCUGCGGCUGCAUCAGUUGAUGGGCUGUUUAUGAUUGACACGCGGCCCGGACUGGAGGCAGAUGAACAAUACUACAAAGAGAAGCCAACAGAGGAGGAGGAGAGGGUCUCAAAGCAGGAGGGGGCUGAGCAGCAGGAGGAAGAGGAGGACGAGGAGUUUGUGGAUGAGGAAGGGGAUGAUGAAGAUGAUGAAGAUGCAGAAAUCCUCUUCUCCAGUAGAAAUCCUCAAUUGAAAGAGUUGUCCAGCCGUAUUGACCCUGGCAUCAGAGUGAAGGAGCUCGGGGGUUUAUACAUCAAUUUUGAUGGCAGCAAAUCAAAACCUGUCUCCAGUUCGCUGCAAAAACUAAAGGAAAAGAGGAUCCAAGAUGAGGUGAUGAAGAAGAGUGUGAUGGGGCCAGACUUUGAAAAGAAAGAUGCGGUGCCUCCGUACACUGAAUCCAAACAAGCCGUAAAGUUGAAACACAGAAUGGAGAGGGAGAAAUCAACAGGAGGUGGUUGGUUUAAUAUGAAAGCCCCUGAGAUCUCCCAAGAGCUGAAAGGAGACCUCCAAGUCCUGAAGAUGAGAGGCUCCAUGGACUCUAAGAGGUUCUACAAGAAGAAUGACAGAGAUGGCUUCCCCAAAUAUUUUCAGGUGGGUACGGUGGUAGACAACGCGGUGGACUUCUAUCAUUCCCGUAUUCCCAAGAAGGACAGGAAGAGGACGAUGGCAGAGGAGCUGCUUGCUGACGCUGAGUUCAGACAGAACAACAAAAAGAAGUACCAGAACAUUGUGAUGGAGAAAGCAGCACAAGGAGCUGGCAAGAGGAACAAGAAGAAGAAUAAGUUCCAUAAGAAAUAAUUAUAAAAACUGACUAAGUGGCUUUGAUACAAUGAUAAUGUGUUGAAUGAAUUAAAAGUGUCACUGCUUUGUACAGUUAUCAGAAAAGUUGUGUACAUGCUUAUAUUUACAUUUUUUUUUAAUCAAAAGACCUGUAUCUUCCAUUUUGCUGCACAGUAAUUAGCUUUUGAAAUUUACAUGCAACAAAUAAAAAUUAAUAUGGUU